UGCAAACGUUUGGAAUAACGAGGCUGUGAAUGCCAGCGAAGAACGUACUUCAAUCCAAUACAUCUACGCGUUUUCACAACUUCAUCUUCGCUGAAAAGCAGCCACAGGAAGAGGUUAAUAUUUAUUUUAAUCGAAGAUGUCGAUAGGAGUGCCAAUUAAGAUUCUGCACGAAGCAGAAGGACAUGUUGUCACGCUCGAAACGAUGACUGGUGAAGUAUACAGAGGAAAGCUCGUCGAGGCUGAAGACAACAUGAAUUGCCAGAUGUCAAACAUCACGGUAACCGCAAGGGAUGGACGAGUUUCACAGCUAGAACAGGUCUUUAUUCGUGGAAGCAAGAUUCGGUUUCUGAUUCUCCCAGAUAUGUUGAAAAAUGCUCCAAUGUUCAAGAAAAUGACACAGAAAGGCUCGGGAGGCAGCGGAGCGGCGGGAAGAGGAAAAUCAGCUAUAUUGAGAGCACAAGCUGCAGCAAGAGGAAGAGGAGCACCCACUCGAGGCGGCAGAGGAGGCAAUGUUUUCCAGAGAAGAAGAUAGCUUACUUCUUGGAUUUUUUGUGAACCAUUACAGAAAAGAAACAGCUGAUUCUCUCUAGUGUGUAAAUAGUACUUUUGUAAACAACUGGCAUUAAGACAUCUGUAAAGUUAAGUCCAAAAUGAGCAAUGGAAACACCUUUCCACCAAGACAGUGUUUGUACAGGACAUCAGAACAUUUCCACUAGAAUAACGAACUGUAUAUUUUGGUUUUCUUAAUGAACAUUUCCUUAUAUCUUGGUCCCUUUUUGGUCAGAUAAUUAUUUCUUCUUUAUUAAAAUGGAUUUGUAAGGCCUGCUUUUUAAAAUCUCAGUCCAGAACAUUAUCUCCUUUCUGUAAUUCUAGAUUAUUGUUUUAUUCAUGGUAGUACAUAAGGGCAUUGACUUUGAUUGAUCAAAUACAAGCCCAAAAUAAAAAAGACCAAACAUUUCAACAA